CCUGUCACUGCCAUUUGUAGCCAGGUGGUGGAGCCAUCUGCAGGCAACCACGGUAACCCCCCAGCUAUCGGAGAGUACUACUAGCCUUGUCUGAGCCAGAACGGCCAAUAGGGCACGAGCCGAUCUACUGUUUCUGUAAAGGGAUGCAGUUGUUGUUUACUUAGCGAGAUAAUUCCGAUCUAGAUUAAGUGUCUAGGAGGAGGGACUAGAGGUUGUUUCUAGACGUUAAUUUAGUUAUUGUGCCUGUCCCUGGUUAGGCCUGCCUGGACAGUUGUCCCACACUAUGAUCUCAUUCAUCAGGCCAGGCUAAUCUUCUCAACAGUAUCCUCUCAUCCAGAGGCCAUGUAUCACCCUCUGUUAUGUGAGACUCCUACACAAUUAGAUAUCUUUACAAAAGAGUACAAUUAAGCUGAAAAGGAGUAGAAUUUAGUCACAAUUUACAUAGGGGGAGUCUUUGUUUCACUGUGGAUGCAACCGCACAAUACAAUUACACAAUGUAACAGCACAGUAAUAUAAUGUUACUAGAGUCAUUACAGUGUAACUACACAAGAAAAAUCUAUGUAAAGUGUUACCAAAUAAAAGAUGUGUUGUGCCCUCAGAGGAUUGAACUAGACUGAAGUACUAAGCUGAUCAGAUAUUACAAGAGGUUACAGUAACCUUAAAUCCUUCAUGAACAACACAAUCAGUUAAGUGCAGGACUGUCAAUCCGCUAAUCAAUUUAUCCUCCUUACCAUGUCACACAUUCAUCAAUCAUCUGUUGUGAAAGCCAUUGUAAGCAGCAUGUUCUACCCUACCAGAAGGUUCUAUCUUACCAGAGGGACCUCAAGGACACUUUCCCUUCCCAAUUACCAUUCAUUGUUUCAGAAUGGCCUGAGAUGCGUCAGUGUCUAUCUUUCCCUUCUUAGACGGAUCCAUAAUCAGCUUUCAAGUACCUCAGGUAAGCAAAUCAUGAUCGAACUUGACACUGUGCUUCCUAUUUCAUUCAGGUCCUGCCCCUUACCUGAAUAGGAUUGACUUAAUCUUCUCUACAGUGUCUGAACCUGGAUAUCACAGUCAAUGACAGUUGCUUCACUUUGGUUGUUAAUUCCAUCAACAAACAAAUGUGCCAUAGGAUUUUCUUUGUGUGUAGGAUUGAUAUACAGUGCACCAUAGCACCCUGAAUGACUCAAUGAGAUUACAGUUCAUAUUUUGGUGUAAACAUACUAUACAUUGGAUGUAUUGAUUUCUGAUCACAUGAUAUCUCUGGAUGAUUGAUCCGAAGACCGUAAUGAAAUGACUAACAAGUGUUAUCUCAUUGUGGUUAUGAACUGAAGGGAGUUCAAAUCUACAUGGUCAGAGAUGACCAGUCAUUUUUGCUCUAUUGGGAGGUGGAGUGGCCACUGGGGCUUUUGCCUGUUGAACCUAUUUGUACAGUAAUGAGAUUAGUGGGUUAAUCCAGGAGUCAGGAAUAGACCUACUGCUCUUCCUCCUGAGGGAGGUACAGUACAUGACUAAGGAGGAGAGAAGAGGAGCAUCCAGGGAGGUGUCUUAACGUCCAGAGCCAUGCCACGGUUCAACCUACACCUCUGAUGGUCCUCCUUUCUCUGACUCCUCUCAACGGAGGCAGCCCAGGAUGCUGUAUUUCCAUGGAUCAAAAUACCUGUUCCUGGUGAGAUACAUGGCACUGCCAGUCCAGAGAUGAGCAUAACAAAUGCAGUAGAUGGUGUCGUUGCCAAACCCUACUUUCCAGAGAUAAUCCAGGCUGAUUAACUGAAGACCCGUGGUGGUGCAGGAAGACUAAAGCUUAGAUUUACAGCAUCUGAGCAGACUGCUGUCUGUGGUCCAACGUGGGCAUGUGGAGUCGUUUUAGGUUGAUGUCUGAAGAUGCUGACGAUCACUAGCUCCACAUCCUUGUUGCUACGGGUGCACUGCCAUGGCAGUGGAUGUCUGCCUGGGUAUUCCGUCCUCUAGUACUCCACCCUCAGACAAGCAGUGGAGUCCCCUACCGCUACAUGGAGUCAGUCAGGACCCCCCGGGCGAAUUACACGUUGGUCGGGGAGGUGAUACGUCAUGUCAUACCUGGAGCCACACAGUGCUCCAUAGGGUGUGGAGGUCUGAACUGCAAGUAUGAGGACCCUGACCGCUGGAGCGAGGACAAGCAAGCCAUCAAAGGCCUCUAUUCCUCCUGGGUCACAGAGAACCUACUUGCCAUGGCCAGGCCCUCUACUGCAUUAAUAGAAAAGUACAACAUCGUUGACCAAUUUAAAAGAUGUGGCCUAAAGACAGUGAUAAACCUGCAGAGACCAGGGGAACACGCCAGCUGUGGUCCCAACACACUGGAACCAGAGAGUGGAUUCUCCUACCGACCUGAGGUGUUCAUGGAGAAUGACAUAUAUUUCUAUAACUUUGGAUGGAAUGACUACGGGUUGGCCUCCCUCACAUCCAUCCUGGACAUGGUGAAAGUCAUGUCCUUUGCGAUGCAGGAGGGGAAAAUGUCUGUCCACUGUCAUGCUGGUCUGGGAAGAACAGGUGUGUUGUUAGCGUGUUACCUGGUCUUCGCCACGAGGAUGACCGCUGACCAGGCCAUCGUGUUUGUACGUUCUAAACGUCCCAACUCCAUCCAGACCAGAGGUCAGCUGUAUUGCGUGCGGGAGUUUGCCCAGUUCCUGGUCCCCAUCAGGUGUAUUUUCUCCUGCGCUGAGCCCAGUACUAACCCAGUCACCCUGUCCCAGUUCCUGACCCGCCAGAGACACAUGCUGCACGGCUAUGAGCGACGGGAGCUCAGGCACCUGCCCAAGAUCAUCCAUGUGAUCUGCAAGCUGCUGCUGGACAUCGCUGAGCACCGUCAGGUAAUCGAGGAGGACAUGCUGGACGUAAAUGACAUGACUGCCGAGGAGGAGGUGGAGUUUGAGCGCUACUACGACUUUGGCUUCACCAAGGGUAGCUUCGGCGGAGGCAGCAUGGGGGACCGGCCCCGCUUACCGGGACCCCCAACCAAACACCGACACGCCAACGAACCGGCCCUCUUCUACCACCGCAAGAGCCUGAGCUACAGCGAGUCGGACGUACAGAGGCUAGGCUCUGAACUCCACCUGCUGACCCAACCUCUCUCCAACUUUCUAUCCGCUAGCAACUUGCCUGUGGCCUGUUCUCCCUCCCUGACCUCCCUGCAUAGAACCCUGGCCACGGUCAGCCCUGUCACCACCACGUACAGCUCCCAAAAUGGAUUCUUUCCCCAUGGGUCCCUCUGGGAGCAGAAGAGCCUGGCGGAGGGAUCCCCACUCUUAAAGAAGAGGCAGAAAGCCUGCCAGAGCAGCGAGUCUGAGUGCCACCCUAAGCAGAAAACGUUUGGCAGCAUGUUGUUUAGGUGGAGGGAGAAUUUAGCGAACAAUGGGAAUGUGUCCAAGGUGUUUCAGAUAGAGGAGUCAGAGGUGCCCUUCAUCACCAUCCAGACAGAGCUGUCCAAGGAGGCCAGGCGGGUGCUGGUGGCCCAGGCCCUGGCGGUGGAUCUGGAGCUGGAUGGAGAGGACGAACACUUGGAGAGACUCCACGCCUGGCAGUCUGGGUUAAACAUGGGAGGGGCGUGGGAGAGGCUGUGUACAUUGGAGAAGGACCCAUUUGUGCUCUCUGGGCUGAUGUGGACCUGGCUGGAGCAGCUGAAGGAGCCAGUCAUCUCCGUCAGAGAUGUACAGAAACUGGACCUUAACGACAGUGACCCUGCAAACCCAGAGGCUGUCUUCAAACCACUGGACCAGGCUCCCAGGGAGAUGUUGAUGUGCAUUCUGGACUGUAUGGCUCAUGUUCUCACAAUACCAGAAGAGGUGGAGGCUGCUUUCCUGGAGCGCACCAUCAAGGCUUUCACCAAGAUGGGAAAAUGUUCAGCGGUGUAUCCGGCCAUGACAGAGAUCCUCAGGCUGGUCCUACAUGACAUGAGGUUUAUAGCCAUAGAGGAGGAUGAGGUACCAUUUAUGCCUCCCGGCCCUAUUAUGCUGACUCCAUAGCCCUGCUGGAUUCUGUUCCAGACUGUCCCUAUGUAGAGACUUGUUAUAUAUUAAACAGCCAUAUACAGUGGCAAGAAAAAGUAUGUGAAUCCUUUGGAAUAACCUGGACUUCUGCAUCAAUUGGUCAUACAUUUGUAUCUGAUCUUCAUCUAGGUCACAACAAUAGACAAACACAUUCUGCUUAAACUAAUAACACACAAACAAUUAUACAUGUUCAUGUCUUUAUUGAACACAUCGUGUAAACAUUCACAGUGCAGGGUGGAAAAAGUAUGUGAACCCUUGGAUUUAAUAACUGGUUGACCCUCCUUUGACAGCAUAACCUCAAGCAAACGUUUUCUGUAGUUGAGGAUCAGACCUGCACAACGGUCAGGAGAAUUUUGAACCAUUCCUCUUUACAAAACUGUUUCAGUUCAGCAAUAUUCUUGGGAUGUCUGGUGUGAACUGCUCUCUUGAGGUUAUGCAACAGCAUCUCAAUCUUCUGUUGAAGUCAUUCUGUUGUUGAUUUACUUCUGUGUUUUACGUCGUUGUCCUGUUGCAUCACCCAACUUCUGUUGAGCUUCAAUUGGCAGACAGAUAGCCUUACAUUCUCCUGCAGAAUGUCUUGCUAAACUUGGGAAUAAAUUUUUCUGUCGACGAUAGCAAGCUGUCCAGGCCCUGAGGCAGCCAAGCAGCUCCAAACCAUGAUGCUCCCUCCACCAUACUUUACAGUUGGGAUGAGGUUUUGAUGUUGGUGUGCUGCGCCUUUUCUUCUCCACACAUAGUGUUGUGUGUUCCUUCCAAACAACUCAACUUUAGUUUCAUCUGUCCACAGAAUAUUUUGCCAGUAGCGCUGUGGAACAUCCAGACGUGCAGCAAUGUGUUUUUUUUUUUUACAUUAGUGGCUUCUUCCGUGGUGUCCUCCCAUGAACACCAUUCUUGUUUAGUGUUUUACGUAUUGUAGACUCGUCAACAGAGAUGUUAGCAUGUUCCAGAUAUUUUUGUAAGUCUUUAGCUGACACUCUAGGAUUCUUCUUAACCUCAUUGAGCAUUCUGCGCUGUGCUCUUGCAGUCAUCUUUGCACUCCUAGGGAAAGUAGCAACAGUGCUGAACUUUCUCCAUUUGCAGACAAUUUGUCUUACCGUGGACUGAUGAACAUCAUGGCUUUUAGAGAUUAUUUUGUAACCCUUUUCAGCUUUAUGCAAGUCAACAAUUCUUAAUAUUAGGUCUUCUGAGAUCUCUUUUGUUCGAGGCAUGGUUCACAUCAGACAAUGCGUCUUGUGAGUAGCAAAUUCAAAUUUUGCAAGUUUUGCAAGUUUUUAUAGGGCAAGGCAGCUCUAACCAACAUCUCCAAUCUCGUCUCAUUGAUUGGACUCCUGACUCCAAAUAGCUUUUGGAGAAGUCAUUAGCCUAGGGGUUCACAUACUUUUUCCAACCUAGACUUUUCAUGUUUAAAUGAUGUAUUCAAUAUAAUUUGUGUGUUAUUAGUUUAAGCAGACUGUGUUUGUCUGUUGUUGUGACUUAGAUGAAAAUCGGAUCUAAUGUUAUGACCAAUUUAUUCAGAAAUCCAGAUAAUUCCAAAGGGUUCACAUACUUUUUCUUGCCACUGUAUGUUGUGCCUUCCUGUGCAGUUUGGGUUGUUUUUAAUCCAGUUUGUUAUUUUGUCAUCACAUAUUGUCCUUUAAGUGUAUUGUAUUUAAAUAUGACUUGUUUACCUCAAUAUUGUACAGUUACAAUACAGACCCAAGGAAAUGCAGUUUAUUUCAGAGUUUAAAAUUAAAGUGUCAGUUUGGUUUUGUUAAUUAAGCAGAUCAAGGUGGAGUAUUUGUUACAGUAUAUGCCUUAAAGACUUGUAGUUAUAUUGAACAUGUAACAUCCAACACAUGAAUUUAAAUACUUCAUCUCCUCAUAAAGCCAGCUCAGUGAUAAUCACCAUCCCUGUACAGAAAUGUGGUAUUACACAAAAAUAAAGUAUCAUGGCACGGUAAA